AUGUGUGGCAACUACUACGGAAACUCCUGUGGAAGCUGUGGAUACAGCUCAGGCUGUGGAUAUGGCUCUGGCUGUGGAUACAGCUCAGGCUGUGGAUACGGCUCAGGCUGUGGAUAUGGCUCAGGCUGUGGAUACGGUUCAGGCUGUGGAUAUGGCUCAGGCUGUGGAUAUGGCUCAGGCUGUGGGUAUGGCUGUGGAUAUAGCUCUGUCUCCUGCAGCUACCGGCCAAGUUCCUACAGAAGAUGCUAUUCCUCUUGCUGCUGA